GAGAAACGCAGAGAAGAGAGGUGGAAAGAGGAAAGAGGAAAAGGAAAAGAUAGAAACAGACGUUUGCAGAAGGAAAAUAAAAAGAGAAGAUGCAGUGAGUCACAGUCACACAAUACGGAGAAAUUAACAGAGGCUCCCCCGUUUCCGUUUUCAACAACCUCUACCCUAACGCCGUCGUACAGGCUUCUGCUUCCGCCGCGCCGCGCCGCGCCGCGUUUUGACUGAGAAACCGACACGACGGAGUCCAUUUCCGUAUAUGACCGAGCUCAAUUAUUUUCCCUCUUUUAUCUCAGUUUAUAGUUUGCGAGAGGAAGUAGAGUUACGGUUUCUUGCUGGAAAUUGAGGUGGCUUUUGAGAUUUCAAUUGUGAUUUUCGGUUAUCAUGGGAUCUGCUUGUUGUGUUGCUGCAAAGGAUCCUAAUCUUCCUAACAGAACUAGAGGUGAAAGCUUACGUAGAGAUGUUGGGUAUUCACCAUCGUGGAGUUUUCAAUGGGAUAGUAGGGAACGUGUUACUGGUGAAAUUGAGAAUCCUUCUUUCCACGCAUCUCAUUUAGACAGUAGAAAUGUCAGCAUGGAGUUAAAAGGUUCAUUAAGCUCUGAAAGAGGUAAUCUGUCUGAUGGGGGAAGCAUCAUGGAAAAUUCUGUGACUCCUAUUUCUCUGAAGUCCCCUGUUGAUGAGGCGCUGGUUGCAAAUCUGAUGACGCCCUCGUCUGAUCUGUCCAUGUCAAGCAAUUUUUCUACAGUGGUGAAGAAUCCAGUGGAGUCUUCAUUACCAAAUCUUUCUUUUUCAAUACCUUCAGUCUUCUCAACGCCCACACUAGAUCCUUUGCCUAAUCACAAUUAUAACCAUCUUCCCAACUCUACCCCAACAAGAUGGGCACAUCGAUCUCCAGCACACCCUCUGUUGAGACAGAUUUCUGACAGUCGAAUUAUGGGUCUGAAAUCGCCGGACAACUCAAUUUCUGAAGGAAGGCCAUCCUUUGUACUCUCUACUUGCAGCAACGAAAUGGCUGCUGGAUCCCUCUGUGGAUCAUCUGAUGGAUGGUCAAUGCGAACCUUCUCUGAGAUGGUGGCAUCGUCCCAAAGGGAAAGGUGGUCUUUUGAUAGUGAGUGUUUUGGCUCUGGUCGUCACAAGAUAAGUGGAUCCAGUAGCAGGUUCUCAUAUUCUCCAUCCAUGGAACUACAAUCUUGUGGGGCUUGCUCAAAGCUUUUGACUGAGAGAUCAACAUGGAGCAACCAGAAGUUCAUUGCCAGCAAUGACCUCUCGGUUGUUGCGGUGCUGGUCUGUGGUCAUGCAUAUCAUGCAGAAUGUUUGGAGGCUAUGACACCAGAGGCAGAUAGGUAUGAUCCAGCUUGUCCAAUCUGUAUGGUUGGAGAGAAGCACUUUUCAAAGUUGUCUAGAAAAGUUCUUCGGGCUGAAUCAGAGAUGAAGGCCAAGAACCACAAGAUAUCCAGAAACCGUGUAGUCGAUAGCUACCUUGAUGGUGGUUUUGAUGUUUUUGAUCGCCAAAAAGAUAUUGAUUUUGGAGGAAAAGUUUCAAAAAUGGAACCAAGUUCCAGUGCGAGGAGCUCAUUUGGAAAGCCAUUCUUGAGGCGGCACUUUUCACUUGGAUCCAAGUGGAGCCGAUCCCUGUCCGAUAAUGAUUCUGCCAGGAAGAAAGGCUUCUGGGCAAGAUAUCGGAAAGAUUAAGUUCCAUUUGCUGUAAGAGUCAACCAUUCUCUAAUUUUAGUAGUGAUAACACCCACCAUCAAUUUAGAAUUUUUAAUAUUUUCUAUGUAGUCUAACUUCACUCAUAAUUUUAAUCGCUUUAAAUUAAUUAAUUUUGACUUUUGACCAGAAAUUCCAGUGAGGUUGAUGUGGUUCAUAUGAAUUGUAUGAAUAUAACGUCCCUUGGCAAUUGAAGCUGAGCCAAAGCAAAGACGACCACACGGAAGCAAAAAUAUAUAUAUUUUUGUUUACGAAGAUAUCUGCUUCAUUCCAUUCUAUGGUAAGUAAGAGGCAGACUGCUUCAUUCUACCUGCUGCAGAUUUCUGCACUCCACAAAAUAAGGUUUAGAAGUGAUAAUUUUAACUCCUGUAUUUAUAUUUCUAAUGAAAUGAAUAUAAAAUAACUCUGCAAAUUCAGUCAUGUGGAUAGAAGGUGAAUCGGAGGACUGACUGAAUGCUGUAAUUGAUUAAUAUAAUGCUUCCGGCUGCUGCUUCUUUUUCAGUCGGUAAGCACUCCCAUACUGGGAAAUGAAGAGCAUGUUAAUUAAUCCUUGCACUGCAAAUUAUGGAUAUGCCUCAA